CUGCCUCAGGAAGCUUGGCUUCCCCUCCCAUGGGGAAGUGCUGGAAUCCACUCUUGCCUGACCCUCCCAUAAAAAACAAGGGAAAUUCCUUUACGUGAGCUGCCUUGCUCAGAACAAAGCUUGGCGUGUUUCUUAUUCCUCAUCAAUCUGACAAAAUGGGUAUUUAUUUGUGCCUCUCAAGCGUGUGGCUUGGACAUGGUGUUCCGCAUCGUGGAAGUGGCCGUGCACCAAGUGAAAUAUCUGUUACUAUAGUAACAGUUCCUUUUUAUUGAUACCAGAAUAAACAGGAAUGCAAAGCUGUCUCACUUGUUGGCACAUUUCAGCAGCCUCCCGUUCCCAGGGGUUUAAGAACCGCCCUCUAGAGGCAGCCCUCCUUGCUAGUCUGGGACUUCCCAGUGGAGUGAGGAACCCAGCAACAGCUCCUGACUUCCCUUCCCAAGGACUCAACCUGAGAAGGACACAGCAGUCUCUGAAUUUCAUACUCUCCUCUUUGAUGUGAAGAAAAUGAAAAGCUGAACAGUUCCACAAUGAAUUUGGAACUGUGAAUAGAGUUAGGUAAUAAAGGCCGCCAUGUACUCGGAGAUCCAGAGGGAGCGGGCGGACAUCGGGGGCCUGAUGGCCCGGCCAGAAUACAGAGAGUGGAAUCCGGAGCUCAUCAAGCCCAAGAAGCUGCUGAACCCUGUGAAGGCCUCUCGGAGUCACCAGGAGCUCCACCGGGAGCUGCUCAUGAACCACAGAAGGGGCCUUGGUGUGGACAGCAAGCCAGAGCUGCAGCGCGUCCUGGAGCACCGUCGGCGGAACCAGCUCAUCAAGAAGAAGAAGGAGGAGCUGGAAGCCAAGCGGCUGCAGUGCCCUUUUGAGCAGGAGCUGCUGAGACGGCAGCAGAGGCUGAACCAGCUGGAGAAACCACCGGAGAAGGAAGAGGAUCACGCCCCGGAGUUUAUUAAAGUCAAGGAAAACCUGCGGAGAAUUGCCACACUGACCAGCGAAGAGAGAGCGCUGUAGGGCCGGCUGCCAGGCUCAGGCCACCACCCACCCUGGCCUGGACACCCUCCUCCAGCCCUUCUGCACCUGGCAGCCCUGGGCCCCAGGCCUUGGGACGUCUGUGAUGUUCCCACCUGCUUCUGUAGAAAUGUGUCACCCCAGAGGGCCUGGCUCUCCCUGGGAGGCUGGGGCCCCUAAGCUCCUAGGCUUUUCCUUCCAAGCACCCAGACCUUCUGCUCCAAGAGGGAAAACUUGCAUCCCUCCCUGCAGGGAGUUCGGAGCCCAGCACAGGGGGUUUCUCUGGCAGAAUUGAGGAGGAAGAGGCAGCCCUCUGGCUUGACAAGCCUUCUGUUCUGCCCGGGCCUUCCCACCAGGAAUCUCCAAGGCUCCCCAGGGCCCCGCUUCUCCACGCACCCCGCUCCUAGGUCUCAGAGAACUCCCCCACCUGUGAUUUUACCUGCAGCCAGCAGAGCUUAGCUUCAAAGACACCCGCCUCCAAAGCACUGAGGGGAGGACGGGCAGGGCAGACCGCAGGUGGCCUUGUUGCUGCCAUCCUGACCAGGUGGGAGGACACUAACAAAGACAGCUGUUUAGGGUCUUCUCCCCUCACCCAUGCUUUCAUCAUCCCCUCCGCACAGCGCCCACCGCCACCCCACCCCUGCCCCGUCCAAGCCUUCUAACCACACCUGCACCCAGAAGUCUGCAGCAGUGCCUCACAAACUUGAUUGUGCAUACAAAUCACUGGGGAUCUUGUUAAAUACAGCUUCUAACUCAGUAGAUCUGGGGUGGGGGCUGAGAUCCUGCAUUUCUAACAAGCUCCCAGGUGAGGCGGAGGCUGCUGGUGUGAGGACCAUGCUGUGAGCAGCAGGGCGUGAGUGCCCAGGGCUGGUAUGUAUUAGAAAUAUCACGCCUGAAGCCAUCGCUGGCCCCCACCUCCCGUGGACUGAUGCCCCAGGGAUUCCUACCCGACCUCUGCAACCCCAGGUUUUCUUCAUUAUCCACCCCACCCCAGACUUCCACCCCCAGGAAUUCUCUAUGAAGACUUUGGCCUAGCAAAUUGUGUUGGUUAUGUGAGUGUUGUUUUAAUCAGAGAUGUAUGUGAUUGCCAAUCUGCAUUUCUUACCAGUGUGACCACACUGUUAUGAUGCAAUUCUAGCCAAAAAAAAAAAAAGAAUUUUUUGUUUUACUUUUUCCUACAGUCUUAAGGAAAGCAAAUAUACAAUGAUUUCCAAUAGGCUUCUGGAAUAGAAACAGUGGUUUGAAGACCCCACUGCCGCCUUUAUGGACUGGCCCCUUUGAGUCUAUAUCCCAGGCCUCUGUCACCUGAGACCCAACCCCUAACUGGGCCAACUCCAGUGAAUAUACCCAUUUUUCUUCUUCAGAAGGCGUUUCGUAUGUGAGACCCACUUAUUUUAACCUUUUGCUCCUAUCCCAUUUUUAAAGAAUUAGAGAAUAAACCAGGCCUGUUCUUUUCCCCUGAAAUCCCUGCCUCUGGCUUCCUAAACCCAUCAUCUAAGGUGACAGAGCAGUGCUGGAAUAGUAUCUCCUUUCGCUUCCCCCAAAACAGCCACAAAGAGCUGCCACUGGCAUGCUUUCUGAUUCCUGGAAGCAAACGUGGGACUGCCGGAGGAAAGUGAUUGUCCUGGUCUUACUCAAAACUGGGUGGUUUGAGGGUGACUGAGGUCGUGCUUUUCCUGUGUGUGCUGCCAGCACAGGGCUGUAAAUGCAGAUACUCUGCCUGUGUGCAUAUAAAGUCGAGCUCAAAGAGGCUCCUGAAUGUGACUGGCGUGCUGAGAAUGUGGUUAUGCUGUUUAAUGUAUGCCAGGUGAGGGUUAUGCUGAAGAUGCACAAUCCCUAAAAUAAAGAUCACCACAUCCCCAAAGAAGCAGCCCUCGGGUCCAUGUGUUGUUCAGACAUGUGAAGAGAAGCAAGACAGAAGGUCUCAGAUAGAUGAGGGGUCCCCAAGGGAAUGCCUGGGGCUUUACCCGGUGGUCCCCAGAGGUGCUCCAUGGAGGCAACAAGUCUUUCCGUGAAGCCCCAGAAGCAGAAGGGACCUCAAGCGCCACGCCCUCCAGGGCAGCCGUGCAGAAGACCUUGGUUCACUCUUCACGGGUCGUCCCAACUCCUUAUCUCCAGCCACUCCAACUGUGGAGGCUGUAAACCCAGAUUCUCACUGUUCCAGUCUCCUUUGCAGCGCAGGAUGGCUAUGUGAUUCGGUGUGGCCAAUGAAAUUGAAGAGGAAGUCUACAGGGGCUUCCGGGAAAGCUUACGCUUUUCUGAUAAAAGACACAGACAUAGCUAACAUCUCCCUGGCCGCCUUCUUUCUGCUUUGAUUGAGGGUGUGAUGCCUGGAGCCACAGCAGCCACCUUGCUACCAUGAGAAAAAGGCCAAGAGACUCACAGAGUCAUUGACCCUAUCAUUAUUUCACCAAGCCAAUGCCAGCCACCAUCCUUCUCCAUAAUUCAUGUAAAUAAAAUAAAUCCCUCUUUGUUUAAA